CACUCAUCCACUGUUCAAUCGUUUACUUAGAGAGGAAGAGGGAUCAACAUAAGAAAAGAGGGGAGAUAUGAGGUCUCUACUGAAGCUGGUUGUUCUGCUGUUCUGUGUCCAGAGAGGAGAGGGACACUGGCUGCGCUCACUACUCGAGCAGCGAGGGCAAGCAUCACCCUCCCCAUCAGAGGAGGAGAGGAGAGGUGGAGGAGGAGAAUCCAACAAAGGGAACAACAAUAAGAACACAGAAGGUUCCGGAUUUGCAGUAGAAGACCAAAGGGGUUCCGUCCCAGCCCCAAUCAUCCCAAUCCGGUCCCGCCGCUCUUCAACCCAAUGUCGUCUCCGCUCAAUCCUCCUCCAGGUACGAGAGCUGGGUCUGGGCUACGACGCGGACGAGACCGUCCUCUUCAAGUACUGCAGCGGAGACUGUCCCCGUGUCCGCUCCAACCAUGAUCUGACCCUGACCAACCUGCUCCUGAGGGGGGCCCUGCCCGAGCAGAAUGGAGAGCCGUGGCAGAAUGGACCAUGCUGCAGGCCCACCCACCACGAAGAUCUAGCCUUUUUGGAUAACGCCCAUCGCUGGCACAAGGUGGAGAAGCUGUCGGCUGCAGGGUGUACCUGUGUGGGUUAAUGGGGAGGAGCUGGACGUGAAGGGGGAGGGCCUGAACAUUGACUUUUGGGCCGUGGCCAUUGGCUGUUCAGAAUGCAAUGGGAGCGACAUAGAGGCUCAGGCUGUACAAAAGGAGAAUCAGGAGGAAAGAGAUUACAAGAAGUAGCUAUAAUUUGCUAGAAAGAAAUGCAUUCAUUUUGCGUAUGUAUAUUUAUAUUUAUUUAAAGUUGCUUUGGGGGAGUUUUUUUAUUAUACCAAUGACAUUGAAUGGAUCUUAUUUUGCUGCAUAGAUUAAAUGAAUAGUGGUUAACACUAUGGUUGAUUGUUGAGUAAAACUGUUACAAUUCGAAAAAAGGUCCU